CUCUCUCUAUAUAUAUAUAUAUCCCUAGUCCCCACUUACACUCCUCGUAGCUACCAUACAUCUCCACAAUAAAACCUUAGAGCGAAAAAGUAAUCAAGUGUGCUUGUGUGUGAAAGACAUAUUGUGGGAAAGAAGGAGAGUGUGUAUUAUUGUGUAUAUGGCGGCGAUCACGGAGGCGGCGGGGAUGCGAGUGGAGAGUUUGGCUCAGAUCGGUCUCGCAUCGAUCCCGACGGAGUACGUCCGUCCGGAGUGGGAGCGGACGGACAUCGGGGACGCCCUUGAGGCGGAGCGCAAGUCGCGGGCCGACGCCGACGGCCCACAGAUCCCCGUGGUGGACUUGGCAGGGCUGGACUCAAGAGACGCGGUGGCAACGGCGGAGGCGGUGAGGCGGGCUGCGGAGGACUGGGGGGUUAUGCACAUCGUGAACCAUGGGGUGGCUGCGGAGGUGGUGGAGGCCGUGCGGAGGGUCGGGAAGGGGUUUUUUGAUUUGCCGGUGGAGCGGAAGGAGCGGUACGCGAACGACUGGUCGGCGGGAAGGAUAGCCGGGUACGGGAGCAAGCUGGCGGAGAACGCGAGCGGGCAGCGUGAGUGGGAGGACUACUUCUUCCACCUCGUCUACCCGCCGGAGAAGGCCGACCAGUCCGUCUGGCCUGCCGAGCCCGCCGACUACGUGGAAGUGACUAAAGAAUUCGCUAAGCAGCUGCGGGCCGUGGUGAGCAAGAUGCUAGCCGUCCUCUCGCAGGGCCUGGGCCUAAAGGAAGAUCGUCUGGAGGCCGAGCUGGGCGGCGAGGCGGACCUCCUCCUCCAGAUGAAGAUCAACUACUACCCGGUAUGCCCCCAGCCCAAUCUCGCCCUCGGCGUCGAGGCCCACACCGACGUCUCCUCCCUCACCUUCAUCCUCCACAAUAUGGUCCCCGGCCUCCAGGUGUACCACGACGGCCGGUGGGUGACGGCGCAGUGCCACCCGGGCUCGAUGAUCGUGCACGUCGGCGACGCCCUCGAGAUCCUGAGCAACGGCGCAUACAAGAGCGUGCUCCACCGCGGCCUCGUCAACCGUGAGAAGGUCCGCAUCUCCUGGGCGGUCUUCUGCGAGCCCCCGCGCGACACGGUCGUCCUCCGCCCCCUCCCCGAUCUCGUCUCCGACGGCAAUCCAGCGAAGUUCCCGGCCCGCACUUUCGCGCAGCACAUUGAGCACAAGCUCUUCAAGAAGUCGCAGGAUCAGAAGAAGAAAAAUGACAACACUACUAUCACCCCUGCCUCCGCCGCCGCCGCCGCCGCCGUUGUCGCCAUUAACUAAUUAUUUACUUGAUCAAUAAAAAGUACUAUGCUAUCAUGUUGUCCACUUGGUUUGUGCAAUAUUAGUAUUGCGAUGUUUGAGUUUCUUAUAGUGUGGAUCGAGCUUUAAUUAUUUGGACCUUUAGACGAAAAAACAAGAUGGUGAGCUAAUAAUAUACAUAUAAUUAUAUGUUUAUGUUAUUAUGUA